AUGUUGCAAUCAAGAAAGAGAGUAUUUACCUUUCGGAAUUGGAUGAUGGUUUCAUCAAUCGUGGUCAUCAGCAUGACAUUAUAUAUUCAAUUUUUAAAUUCCAUUGUAUGGGCCCACUCCUCUAGUAAUGCCAAUAAUCAAUUAAAUUCAGCGAUAUUAGUAACUACGAAUGAUGGUCAACAGGAAGAAAUUAUCAAUUAUUUCUAUGGGGAUCCUUCCGAUCUAUUAACCUCUUCAACCAGUAUUCCUGCUCCAAUACCGGAAUUUUGUGCUGGAAAACAAUUAUCAUGGAUUGUGGCGAGUAUUCUUUCUCUGGCCCUUGGAGGAUUCGGAAUUGAUCGAAUGUAUCUGGGAUAUGCAUUGAGUGGAGUUGUAAAAUUAUUUAUUGGAUUAGUAGUGAUGGUAAUGACCGUUUGGCGAUCAUGCUAUUCGUUGCAAUUAGUUGACCCACAAAAAUUACCAACUAGAAGGAAAAUUUGGUGGCUAAUUUUCAACACUUUGGUUGUUUUCACGAGUUGCAUUCAGCUAAGCCUGUGGCUAUUCGAUUUGAUCACGAUAAUGACAGGAGCCAUGAAAGAUGCCAAUGGUUGUCCAUUGAGUUAUAAUAAUUGA